AUGGAUUCCUCUUCUGGCAGGUCUGUGAAAUACCAGAACACCCGCUGUGGCACCGCGCGGCUCUUCUAUCGUCACGCGGCGGGAGCAGCUGAUGCGGCCAAUCUGCACACUGGUGGUCGGUGUGUGCUGGAUGGUGGCUUCAAACGUUUGGACCUGGGUGGUGGCACUAACCUGCCGCAGGGUGAAAUCUAUUCCAUGGGUCACGAAGCACCAAAUCAUGACUGUGACCCCAAUGACAAUUCUGCUGGUGGCUGCAAGGCGAGCUUCAUUUUCAAUACCAUCGCGGAUGCUGAGGCCUGCUGCGAGCAAUGUCGCAGCAUGAACUGGGUUCCCCUGCUUGGCGGCGUCGUUGAAACAGAUGGUUCGAAUGGUGCUCAGAUCAACCCUUGUGUGGCGUGGCAGGUCGUCGAGGGUCGCUGUCGGAUCAAUCGAAAGUACUAUUACGACAUGUACAACUCAGGCCAGUUGAUCAAAGAUGCCUUACUGGAUAAUUUGUACCCUGCACCAGGAAAUCCUGGUUGGUUGGUGCGAACACGAGGCUGUGGCUCUUCAAUGGAACGUUGCAACUAUUUUUCCUACAUCUACUACAGAGAGCUGCAAGACUCUAACGUGCACCCAGUAGGAGUGAGGAGCAGCACGAAUGCCACCUACCGCAAGGUCAUGGGAGGGAACCUUUCAGACCUCACAGAGAACAUCACUCUGGAGGUCAGAGCCAGUUCUGUCCAAUCGCGCCAUGAUCGCAGACUCUCCUUGCUCUCGCAGGGUGAUGGCGACGACAGCGAUGAGAGCAGCCUGGAGAAGAGCGAUGGCACGGACGUGGGCCUGGUGGAGGUCUAUGACAGCAGUGCUCUCCGCAGCAGCGGCGACUAUGACAUUUUUGACGAGGAGUCUGGUCCAGUUCCGCUUUGCACCACGGGCCUCAUCAGCUCCAACAGCCCAGUGGCUCUCAGCUGCUCUUUGGCCUCCAGUGGUGGACGCCGGCUGCGGGAGGUGGGUGACAUUUUCUUUGUCUUCACAGCGGUCGGUUCCGGGUAUGACCAAGUGAACUUCCAAGCUGGCGUGAGCCUGGAAAAUGUGCAAACAACUUCCAGUUCCACCAGUUCGACUUCUUUCAGCGUCACCACAGACGACACAGCGGAAGGCACCUCGACUUCAGGAAGCACGAUGAUGGGCUCCACGACUGACUCCACAGCGGGCUCUACGACUGACGCCACAGCGAGUGGCAACACUGGGAACAGUUCCAUGAGCACCACAGAGGAUGAGCUGCCUGAUGCUACCAGCUGCGCUAGAACGAUGAGACUCUUCAAGUUCCUAUGUUGUUUGAGCUGUCUUCAGCUCUGUUAA